AUGGCCUCCGCCUCCACCCUCCCCACUGAACUCAUCCAAUCCAUCCUCCUCCAAACCGAUCCCGAAACAUACCUCUCCGCCCACCAAACAUGUCGUUCCUGGCGCCGCGCCUCCUCAAGCCCAUACAUGCUGCGUCACACUCUCCAACAGAUCCCUGCGUCCUUGGUUCCUCCCCUCUAUUCACCAUCUCCUCCUCCUAUUCCACAGACGAAAGCGAAGACGAAGACAGACACCCUAACGCCAGAGCAAUGGACCGCGUAUUUCGCACAAACCGCACGUCUGAAUCUCCUUAGCCGGCGACGUCAUGUUCGGAAGUCUGUUUGUAAGGUCCGGGAUCUGUGCCAUGAAGAAGACGAGUCGCAGCCGUUGCGUCCUUCAUUGUCGAGUAUCGUGCAGAGUCGAUCAGAAGAUGGAGAGCCGGCCGUGGUGUUGAGGGGAGCGAAGAUGCUUGUUUUCAGGGCGAGGGUGAGAGAUGCUGAGUCCGGAGCUGAGAGAGGAAAUGAAGACGGGCGUGAAGGUCAAGAUGAGUAUGAAGAUGAAUAUGAAGAUGAGGUCGAAGAUGAGAUCGAAGAUGACACCGAGUUCACCCUCUCGCAAGAAUUUCCCCUCGCAUCAUCCCUCUAUCCGCAAUGGACGUCUAUCUGUCGCGCGCUCAUGGACCAGAGUAUCAAUCCUAGCUGGUCGGGGAAUCAUGGGUACUCGAAACAUCGCGUGGCGGUGUCUUCGCGGGGAGAGUUUGUGGCUGUGGCGCUGGGGAGGGUGAUUCAGGUCUAUGGACUGGGUUCAUCUCCCCCUCAUUCAUCUCGAGGUCAAGAUCACGAUCAAAAUCCCAGUCGAAGUCAAGAACAAAAAGUUAUCCACACCCCCGAGAAUACACACCAGACACCAGCCGAGUACGUCCUCGGCCAAGACACCGAGCAUAUCGCCUUCGCGCGGGUGUCAGACCCCAGGGCCUACGAAGACACAGACGGGAUAGUCGAGGGCAUCGAGUUCGUCGACAACGACACGCUGCUGCGCGUGGCGAUCGGGAAGGAAUCGACGAUUCAUCGACCGACUCGCGUGCGGUAUCUAGGUUGUCCGGAUGCAGUGACAGACGGACCGGAUCUGAACUAUUGGCGAGAUGCUAUCAAGAAGGUAUAUUUGGAUUCCGCGGCGCUGGGGGUUUUGUUCAUGAGAGGAGGAGGAGGAGGAGCGAGGUGCGAUCUGCGAGGAUUGCGGCUGUUGGGGAAAGAAGUGGUGGAUGUGAGGGGUCAGUGGGAUGACACUCAUUCCCAUCUCCAUUCCCAUUCAAGUUCACCUUCAACUCCAUCCUCAACAACUACAAACCAACAAGACCAUCGAUACUUCGUCGCCUCCAUCCAAACCGGCACCACAGACACCUACUGCAUUGGUCGAGCCACGACCACAUCCUCAUCCCCAGUCUCCAUGCACCUACUCCGCCUCCUCCCAUCCAUCUACUCCCGCCCAAGCAGCAUCAUCCCCAUGACCCCCCAAACCAAAGACUAUCCAUGUCUAUACGCCUAUCCGCAUCGACCAGACACCACCCAAGCUCAAUCCCAGACACACUCUCACUCUCACCCCCAAUCCCAACCCCCCUCCCCACCCCCCAGAGGAAUAACCAAACGAAUAACCCACAGCUAUAAUCUCCAAACCACCCUACCCCGAUUCACAUCGACGAACCUCCCCUCCGGAACAUUCUCAUCGCCACACGUCGCCGUGUCCGACGACGCUCAGAUCAUGGUGAUCUACGAGCCGGAUCACGCGUGCUGUGUUGUUGAGGGAGGGGCGCUGUAUGUGUGUUACGUGGGGAUUUGUAGGAGUGUUUAUCAGCCUGGGGUUGGGGUUGAGGGUCUUGAUGGGGAAGUCAAUCUCAACUCUGGUUCUGGCUCUAGCUUGAAUGCAGAGGGCGGAGAAGAGGGACAAGAAGGACGAGGAGGGGAGAAACAGCCCUACCCUCGUCGGGAUAUCAUCCCUACGUGGCCGUUCCUGUUAGAUAGAGUGAGUGUAGAUAUAGAGAGUUUGAAGGUAAAGACGGUGAGAAGAGGGAAUUCGUCUAAGUACAAAGUUACGGGGAUUGCAGGGGAUGAGGAGAUCGAGUGGUUGUUUUAG